AUGGUGGGCAGCAGCGAUGUCGAGGAGCGCUUGAGAACAGAACUGGAUGUCCAGGACCUGAAGGUUCAAGAACUCGCAGGCUGCGGCACAAGUUUUGCAUUGUACAUUGUGAGCGAGAGCUUUGCGGGCAAGCGGCUGCUCGAGCGCCACAAGCUGGUCAAUUUGGCGCUGGCACCGCUGAUGCCCCACAUUCACGCCCUCUCGAUCAAGAAGGCCAAGACGCCAGAGGAGGAACAGGGCGCAGCGGAAAAGCAGAAGCCGCCAUCGCAGCAGCAGGCAGCGGCAAUGUGA